GACCUGACCGCUCAACUCCUGAGCCCAAAUACUGGCGCCUCGCCCAACGCCAAGGUCAACAAGUCGCCAACCGCCCGACCCGAGCCAAAUCCACCGCCACACAUGGCCGGCGCCUCCCCGCCCCCGCCGCCGUCGUCGUCGACGACGUCCAAGGGCAAGGCCAAGAUGGACGCCGAGGCUGAUGGCGCGGGAAAAACGUGCGGCAUCUGCUUUAACGACACGCGUUUGGGCAUCCCCGGCGAGCUCGACUGCUGCGCGCACCACUUCUGCUUCGUCUGCAUCAUGGCCUGGGCUCGCGUCGAGUCGCGCUGCCCCUUCUGCAAGGCCCGAUUCCGGACCAUCCGCCGCCCGCCCGUCCCGGGCCGGUUCCCCGACGAGCGCAUCGUCCCCAUCGCCGAGCGCUACCAGGUUGGGCAGGUGUACGAUCCUAACGGCAACGAGAGCAGCACGGUGGGUGGCGCCGACCCUUACGUGAACACCAUCUGCAGCGUGUGCAGCUGCUCCCGGGACGAUGAGCUGCUGCUGCUCUGUGAGCUCUGUGACUCGGCCGUGCACACCUACUGUGUCGGGCUAGGGACCGCCGUGCCGGAGGGGGACUGGUUCUGUAAGGACUGCGCGGCAACCAGGGAGGAGCAUUUGAGGUGGCAGACUGAGAAUGAGGGGUGGGAUGGUCAAGGCGAAUUUGAGAUCAGCAUCGAGGUUCCAAGGGCUGAGAAAAACACAGCUCCUUCUGUUUUUCGUAUUGUGGAUGAGGACUAUGAUCCGAGCUCAGUGGACAACACAAAUGUGCAGAGCAGUAGGCUUUUGAUGGAUGAUCCGGUUCCUUCCAUUUAUGACAUUGUGGAUGAGGAUUACCCUACAAAUGCCGGAAGCAGUAGAUUUGGAAGGAAUGCUGAGGAUUUGCCAUCACAGGGUACUUCUUCAGCUGGAUCUCAAUGUCCUGAAUCUACCCGGGGACGAGAUAAUGGUCUCGCGUCGUAUCAUGCUCGCAUUCGCCUUGAAGUUGAGAGAGCUAGAACAUUACGUAAUUCCCGAAAUCUUGAUAAAUGCAUAAGGGCGCUGCGGGAGAACUGGCCUGCUCUGCGUGAUGGUUCUGUGGGGUUUGCUGCACAUGUACCCAACAGAAGAAGGAAAGGUACGACUGGAACCAUUUCUGUUGUUACCGAGCAUCAGCGUUGUGCAGCACCCUUAGUUAUUGGUAGCAAAAAUGGUGCUGGUACUACUUCUGUUCAGCUUUCCUCAACGCCUUUCUCCGAGGAGGCCAGUACCUCAAUGGGCCGUGGUAACAAAAUCUCGCGGAAGGACACCCGUGAUACGUGUAAGGCAUGGAAAAUGUUGGAGAUGGCAAAAUCUUCUGGUGGAAGGAAGAUAUCUAACAAUCCUUCCUCCCUUAGCUGCAGUCCUCCAUUUUCCAUGGGAAACAGGUCAACUUCUUACAGUCCGAUUGAUACAGUCUUAGGACAGAAGAACCAGAACCUGCCUAAUAAGGUAACUGGGAAAAAUAAAGCAUCCUGUGGUUAUGGUACAAAAAUGGAAAGUACACCAACAAAAAGCUCCGGAGAAUGCCGUAGCUUGCCUGAGAACAGUCGUGUAUCAGUUCAUGAAAGGAUGAUUUCUUUUCAGAAUCGAAUAAAUCAGGAAAGUCUAAAUGGUAAAGUUUCCUCAUCAAUCCACAGUCAGCAUGUUGAUCGUACGUUAGAAUCUUUAUGUAGCAUAGACAGAUUAGACGAAUUCAAAUCAGUUAUGCUGCAUUCACAUACGUGCAGUUUAUCAUCUGGUCAGUCCACUGUGACUUCAUCACUUCAGUUAGGACCUAGCGCUGGGAGCCAAUCUACGAUGAUGGUAAACCCUGAGGAAUCUUCAGCCGUUUGUGUUGCAACAACCAAUGAAAUUGUUAAUGCUGCAACCAUUGAAGUUAGAAAAAGUUCUGGACCAGAACGCCAUACGCACAAGAGAAAAUUCAGUUCUGAAAAAUGCCAUGAUCAAGGACCCAAAAGGUCUACGUCAUCCUGUAAAAUUGCAAAAAGUGAGAUUUCUUCCUUGACUGUACGCGAGUUGAAACUACUCAAGAUAGACAAAACAUAUGGUUCUGACAGAUUCAAAGAAGUUGCUCGAACAGCAACACAUACCGUCUUGGCUGCCUGCGGAUUUGAGCAUUCUGCGUCGGAACCUCUUGCUCUCUCAAGACCGGUUUGCAAGCACAGUUCCGAAGUCAAACCGCUGAAGUCAUCUGUCAUAACCGAUUCUUGCACAGAAUGCUUGCGUAGUUUUGUGAAAGAAGUCAUCAGUUUAAUGUUGUCUGGCAGGCAGAUGGAUCAAAUUGGUGCCUCCUGUUAGAGUUUAGACAUGUAGUCUGAGAUCCUUUCUUGUCUGGUUAUUGUGAAUAUCCCAGAACACAAGUAGGAGACAAGUUGUACAUUUCAUAUCAUGUUAAUAUUCCUAUAGUGGAGUUGCUAGGCCAAAUCCAUAACUACUUGUAACAUUCUCUUUAAUUUUUCCCAUAGUUGUCAUGACGUAGAUAUCUUGUUGCCAUAA